AUGCGAGCGUUCCAAGCAUCUACCGGCCAGCCUCGAUACGACCCCUGGGAGCGAAAUGAGGCCUGGCGAUACCAGGGCCCCUACACCCGCUGGAACCGUCUCAAGAGCGGUUUCCCCGGUCUCGGCAUCGCGACAGUCGCCUUCACUAUCUACUGCGGCUACGAGUACUUCUUUCUCGAGGACGAGCACCACCAUGGCGAGGAGCACCACUAG